UGCUGACUCUGAGGCUCAUCUCAGUCAGUCAUGGGUCGUCCUGGGAUCCACAUGUGGACAUGGACACUUUGUGUCUUCUUGAGUUGGAUGUCUGUGGGUCAAGCAGUGGCAGGACCGCAGUACAUGGUAGCCAUUCCUGCGAUUCUUGAAGCUGGAGCUGAGACCAAAUUCUGUGCAAGUCUCCUGCAGCCCAAGGAGACAUUGGUCAUGACUGUCACUUUGAUGUCUCAAGAUGAGAACACAACCCUCCUCCAGGAGACGUCCAGUGAAGAGUUUCACACCUGUGUUCCAUUUAAGGUUCCUUUAGUGCAGAAGGAAGUGGUGCAGAAGUUUGAAGUGGACGUACGAGGCGAUACAUUUCACUCAACAGAAGUCAGGAGAGUCAUGAUCAGAGUCUAUAAACCAAUGACAUUCAUCCAAACUGAUAAACCAAUCUACCUACCUGGACAAACAGUGCACUUCAGAGUCAUCACAAUGGACACAAAGUUCAGACCUGUCAAUCAGCUGUACGAUAUCAUUGAAAUUGAGGAUUCUGCCCAAAACAGGAUUGGACAGUGGUUGAAUGAAACAUCCAAUGGUAAAAUAUUGCAGCUGUCUUACUCCUUGAACUCUGAGGCCCGUGAGGGAAGCUACCAGGUUAUUGUGUCGAUUGGUGAAGUUAAACUGUAUCAUAGCUUCAAGGUGGAGAAAUAUGUUUUGCCCAAAUUUGAUGUAAAAAUAAAUUCAGCUGAUGAAGCAUUUAUUGAGCAGGAAGAAAUCAAAGCUGAAGUAUGUGCAAAGUAUACAUACGGACAGUCUGUGCCUGGCACUGUUGAAGUCGAGGUGUGCAGACCUCUUCAGUAUCGAUAUAAUCCAAUUAGGGUCACACCUGACAAUCCAGAGGGAGGUCCUGAGAUCACUGCCCCAUGCGUCAAGGAGACAAAGCAGGUACAGUUGUCCUAGUAACAGCGUAAUCUG